GCACUUUAUCUAAAGAAAUUGUUGGUCUAUUUGAAUUUGGUGAAUUUAGAGAAAUUGAAAAGAAAUAUACUAAAAAAAAAAAACUAGAUAUAAAUGAAUUAAAAGUUAAUGAACAUUCAGGUAGAAUAGAUAGUAAUGAAAUGUUGUUAGAUAAUAAAACUCCUUUUGAAAUUUUUAAAGAAAUAAAGACAAAAUACCAUAUUGUAAAAAUUAUGAAACAAUGA